GUGAGGAUGAGGAUGGAGGGCAGGGAGGAGAUGCAGGGCGCCGUGGGGCUACGCUGCACCUGGGACAUUCCGCCACCCGCUGGCACCCAGGCCAAGUGGGUGAGGCUCAAUGUGGGGGGCACCGUGUUCCUCACCACCAGGCAGACCCUGUGUCGGGAGCAGAAAUCUUUCCUGUGUCGCUUGUGCCAGGGCGAGGAGCUGCAGUCGGACCGGGAUGAAACUGGUGCAUACCUAAUAGAUCGGGACCCCACUUACUUUGGACCGAUUCUGAAUUUCCUCCGCCAUGGGAAGCUGGUCCUGGAUAAAGAUAUGGCUGAAGAAGGGAUCCUUGAAGAAGCUGAGUUCUAUAACAUUGGUCCUUUGAUCCGAAUAAUCAAGGAUCGAAUGGAGGAGAAGGACUACACAGUAACACAGGUGCCUCCUAAGCAUGUCUACCGUGUGCUGCAGUGCCAGGAAGAGGAGCUCACUCAGAUGGUUUCCACUAUGUCAGAUGGAUGGCGCUUUGAGCAGCUUGUGAACAUUGGAUCAUCCUAUAAUUAUGGGAAUGAGGAUCAGACAGAAUUCCUGUGUGUGGUCUCCAAGGAGUUGUACAACUCCCCCAAUGGCCUGAGCUCUGAGCCCAGCCACAAAGCCAAGAACACAGAGGAGGACCUGGAGGAGGAAGAGCAGGAGGUGGAGGAGGAGGCAGAGGCAGAAGCAGAAGCAGAGGAGAAAGACCGUCCAUCUAUUCGGGAUUGUGCUAAACUCUCUUCCUGCGGACCCUCCCUCCUGCUCCCUUCCGUGUCCAUCCCAGCACUGCCAUCUACCUCCCACAUUGCCCCACUCGCCAGCCUCCAGCAUCCUUCCCUCUGCUCUCCUUGUCCCUCAGGGCUCAGAGUGGUCUCUGCCCAGGGCCCUGUCUCUCUCUGCUCCUCACUUUUCCUCCUCUGCAGGUAUGUUACCUGUCUGCACUCCCAGCUCCUGCCAGCCUGAGCUCUGCAUGAGUGACUCACUUCCCUCUUGUGGCUGUUACAAGCCAGAGAUCUGAGGAUGUGAUCUGAACACUCCACUCCAACCUUUUCAUUUCUUGUUUAUAUCUUUAUUUUUGUACUGCAGUGUAUGGCAGCCCUUUCUCCCACAGUGACACCCCCAACCCCCUUCACUCUUCACAUGCAGCCAUUUUUUUUUUUUUUUACAAACUCACCUCGGAGGCCUGAGAUUCCAGCCCUGGAGGAGGGCAGAUGCUGCAUGGAGCCCCUGAGCUGCUGUAGGAGCGGGAGCCCACAGCUCCCUCCUAUGCCUGGCAGUCUGGCUUUCCUUAAUGUCACAGUGGCCCCUGGUGGGGACAUCAGCGAUCAGCCACUGCAGCCUGCGGUCCCUUCCUGAGCACCCUGGAUGCAAAUGUGGACCGAGAUGGUGGCAGCUGUCUAAGGACCAGCCCUUGCCCUUUCACUGUUGCAGGCAACUGGUGUGGGCUUGUGGCCUGGGGACAAAUGCAGAGCCACCGUCCUUUUCUGGGCCACCUGUAUGGCUCGGAGGUGUCCCUGUGCUGGGUAUCACGUUCCUUGGUGCCUCCCCCCCGUCCCCCAAAGCAGCUCUGUGCCAGCAGUGUGAGAAGGAGAAUGGUGUGCUGCCUGGGUACCAUGAACAUGCUGGUACCUCAUGUUGUGUCAGCCAGCACCAAGCAGAUCCCAGUUUUGGGGAGCAGGGUGUUUGCUUCACUGCUGUGUCUGAAGACUCCUGAAUAAAAUUCACAGUCUGUUCCUC